UAUUUGUCUGUCCACUUUUGAUGACGCACUUAUGUAAGAAAUGAAAUUGCGGGAACUAAAACCUACUGGCUAUGUCGUUCGUGGAUAAACUAUGAUAGAACGUGAAAGCCACUCUUAUAUAACGAGGUAGUUUUGAUCACUCGUGACAGAAAAAAAGUCCGUUGUUCUUCAGUCAUGGAGUACGGAAAGGAAAGAGUGGUGGCGUUAGUGGACAUGGACUGUUUCUACGUGCAAGUGGAGCAAAGACUGAAUCCUGCCCUAAAGAAAACGCCCUGCGUCGUGGCCCAGUACAAAACCUGGAAAGGAGGCGGGAUCAUUGCAGUGAGCUAUGAGGCUCGGGUCCAUGGCGUGACGAAGAACAUGUGGGUGGAUGACGCGAAGAAACUGUGCCCAGAUCUCCAGGUGGCACGAGUGCGCGAGUCUCACGGCAAGGCGGACCUGAGCCCUUACAGGGAGGCCAGCGUGGAAGUGAUCCAAGUCAUGUCUCGCUUUGCGGUGGUCGAGCGGGCCAGCAUUGAUGAGGCCUACAUGGAUUUGACUGUGGCUGUCCAGCAGCGGCUAAAGGACAUGGCGGACAAACAAAUAAAGCCUCACUUGCUCAAGACUACGUGUAUCCAAGGUUACCCUCACAAUUCAUCUGAAGGACAGGAAGAAGCUGCCGAAAAUGCAAUUUUUGAUAAAGAGACGCAGAGGUCGGCGGGUGUCCAGCAGUGGCUGGCGUCUAUGCCGAUGCACAACUCUGCUGAGCUUCAGCUCACCGUGGGAGCCCUCAUCGUGGAGGAAAUGAGGGCGGCUGUGGAGCAACACACAAGCUUCCAAUGUUCAGCUGGGAUCUCGCACAACAAAGUGCUGGCUAAACUGGCAUGUGGUCUGAACAAACCAAAUCGACAAACAAUAUUGCCACUGGACUCUGUGAAUGAACUUUUUAGCACGCUGCCCAUCAGCAAGAUACGCAACCUCGGAGGUAAACUCGGGGUCUCAGUCACAGAAGCUCUGCAAGUGGAGCACAUGGGGGAGCUAACUCGCUUCUCUCAGGCCCAACUAGGGAAGCACUUUGGAGAGAAGACCGGUCAGUGGUUAUACGAUUUGUGUCGGGGUAUCGACUUUGAAGUGGUGAAACCCAGGCAGCUACCAAAAUCUAUUGGCUGUAGUAAGAACUUCCCUGGGAAAACAUCACUGGCUACAAAAGAGCAGGUCCAGCACUGGCUUCAUCAGCUGGCUUUGGAGCUGGAGGAGAGGCUGACAAAAGACAGAGAAGAGAACGGUCGCGUGGCAAAACAGUUAACAGUCGGCGUCCGGCAGCUGGGUGACAAGCGGCAGAGCAGUUUCUCCCGCUGUUGCGCUUUAGUGCGCUAUGACGCCGCCAAGUUGUCCAGCGACAGCUUUGCCAUCAUCAAGAGCCUCAACACAGCAGGAAACCAGCAGGCGGCAUGGACUCCGCCUCUCACGCUGCUGCACCUCUCCGCCAGCAAGUUCUCUGACGCCCCUUCAGCAUCAGCGGGAGGCAUCGCAGGAUUCUUGAGUGCUGACGUUGCUUCCACUCAAAUUUUGGUCUCCGCUAGCACCACCACACGCAAAACACCCACCACCAUCCAGUCCUUCUUUCACAAGCAGAAAACGCAAACCGAGUCCUCUCCAUCUUGUUUUGUCUCUUCACCGAGUCCUUCAAAAGACACUUUGGCAGGCUUUCGUGACAUCAGUGCCUCGUUCUUCCACAAGAAAAACACGGAAACAUUUUCAAAGCCGAGGCACAAUGGCGAAAAGCGAGAUGAUGGUGAACCCAACUCACUGGCAACCUCCGUAGUUGACACCGCGGAAGACAUGCUCAAGUGUGACCGCUGUGGCCAGAAUGUGCUGGCGUGGGAGAUGCCUGAGCACAACGACUAUCACUUCGCAUUGGAUCUGCACAAAUCCUUCUCCCCUUCUGCUUCUUCUUCUUUCGUCAGAAGAGGACCUCCUGCAGGGGUGCCAUUGUCCUCUCUGGGCAAAACUAAAAGCAGAUCAUCAGGUCCCCAUCCCAAAAGACAAUGCUCUCAAGGUGCAGGUGCGGGUACUUUGGAUUCUUUUUUUCAAAGAUAGCGAUCUUUACAUGUGAAAGGGAUUUCUGAAAUCACAAAAACUGGUAACUUCACUUUCAAAUGCCCCAACUUAAAUGCUUUUCAAAUUUCGAGCCAUCACUUGGUUGAUUUAUAGUAGACAGUUAAUUAGAAAAAUGCAAAAUGACAAGUCGCUAUAACGAGCGUCAGUCACUAGGCUGCACCCCAACAUGAAUACACUAAUGUGUGCAGUUACUGUAUUUCGCUUCCUAUUAUUUACAUUCUCCUGUUUUGAGACAAUGUGAUAAUUUUUAUUUAUUAAAAAUUGAGUCAUUUGUUGGAGGCUGGAAUGGUUAAUGCAAUUUCAGCUCCUUUCAAUUAAGCAAAAUUGACUUCCUACCUUCACUUGGAAUUUUGGUCACGGAAUGAAUUAAACUCUUUAAAAUGCUGUAUAAUAAAUGAGAAACUCUAGAAACUUAUUGUUCACAAUAACUUGUAUCUUUAUCAUUGUAAUUUGUUCUAGAAUUAAAAGCUCUGUUGGAUCCCAA